AUGAAUUCAACAUUAUUUUCCCAGGUUGAAAACCAUUCAAUCUUCUGUAAUUUUUCAGAGAAUUCCCAGUUUUUGGCUUUUGAAAGCGAUGAUUGUCAUCUGCCCUUGGCCAUGAUAUUUACAUUAGCUCUUGCUUAUGGAGCUGUAAUAAUUCUCGGGGUCUCUGGAAACCUGGCCUUGAUUAUAAUCAUCUUGAAACAAAAGGAGAUGAGAAAUGUUACCAAUAUCCUGAUUGUGAACCUUUCCUUCUCAGACUUGCUUGUUGCCAUCAUGUGUCUCCCCUUCACAUUUGUCUACACAUUAAUGGACCACUGGGUUUUUGGCGAGGCGAUGUGCAAACUGAAUCCUUUUGUGCAAUGCGUUUCAAUCACCGUGUCCAUUUUCUCUCUGGUUCUCAUUGCUGUGGAGCGCCAUCAGCUGAUAAUCAACCCACGAGGGUGGCGACCAAGUAACAGACACGCUUACAUAGGUAUUGCGGUCAUCUGGGUCCUUGCUGUGGUUUCUUCCCUACCUUUCCUCAUCUAUCAAGUAUUGACCGAUGAGCCGUUCCAGAAUGUAACACUUGACGCGUUCAAGGACAAAUACGUGUGCUUUGAUAAAUUUCCAUCAGACUCCCACAGGCUGUCUUAUACAACUCUCCUCUUGAUGCUGCAGUAUUUUGGCCCACUCUGUUUUAUAUUUAUUUGCUACUUCAAGAUAUACAUACGCUUAAAAAGGAGAAACAACAUGAUGGACAAGAUGAGAGAUAAUAAGUACAGGUCCAGUGAAACCAAAAGAAUCAACAUCAUGCUUUUGUCCAUUGUGGUGGCGUUCGCGGUCUGCUGGCUGCCCCUUACCAUCUUUAACACUGUGUUUGAUUGGAAUCAUCAGAUCAUUGCAACGUGUAACCAUAAUCUAUUAUUCCUGCUGUGCCACCUUACAGCAAUGAUAUCCACUUGUGUCAACCCCAUAUUUUACGGAUUUCUGAACAAAAAUUUCCAGAGAGACUUGCAGUUCUUCUUUAGCUUUUGUGAUUUCCGGUCUCGGGAUGAUGACUAUGAGACAAUAGCCAUGUCCACCAUGCACACAGAUGUUUCCAAGACGUCUUUGAAACAAGCAAGCCCAGUCGCAUUUAAGAAAAUCAACAAUGAUGAUAAUGAAAAAAUCUGA